AUGAUAAAAGCCCCCACGAUUUGGGCGGGCGGCUGCCAGGUCUCCAGCCUCCGAAGCGCACUCGCCGGGGUCGGCGGGGAGAGUGCGGCCGGCCGGGCGGCGUACGCAGCGGGAGGCGCGGUGACAGCGGGUCUCUGCGUCCCCGCGCACUGCUCGGACCUACCCUGCUCGCGCGCUAGGGAUCCGGGAAGGAGGAGGAAGGGGGAGGAGUCGGAGUCUGCACCCCGUGAGACCCUUGCGCAAGGUGCUUUCCAGCUGUGCCGGCUGCAGCCGGGACGCGCGCGAACCGCGGAAGCGCAGCAGCGCGGGCGGCGGCCACGCCCCCACCUCCCAGAGCCCCGCAGUUUGCCCUUCAGUCGGAGGUGCCGGGGGCGCGCCACCGGGAGGGCUGCGACCACAAAGACCCCCCCCCGGAAGCCCCCGAAUGCAGGGUUACCUGGCGGACGGAGCGCUGCAGCCGCGGCCCCACGACGGCUCGGUGCGCCGCUGGUGGCCGGCCCACCGGAGUCGGGCGCGCAGGGGCAGCGAGAUCCGGCGGCAGCAGACGCCGGAGCCAGGGCGAUCGGCCCCAGAGCGUGGCGCGUUGUCCGGACCCGAGCGUACCAGUGAGCGGGGGGCCGCCAGCUCAGGCCGCACGUCCUGGCCGCCCUCGUCGGCCCCUGACUCACGGCGUCUGAGCCGGCGGAGGGGCGGUGCAGCGGACGCCAGCCGCCGCCUCCCCGCCUUUUCCAUUUCCCCUUUCACUCCGUAAACAGAAAGAGACUGCCGCGUUGCGGGGAAGCCGGAGCCCCCGCUCUGGGAAAUUCCGUCCCCCCCCCCCCGCCCCGUUUGUCCUCGGGGCGCCCGGGCGGAGCGGAAGGCGGGACUAGGGAGGAGCGGAGCGCCGCGAGGGGAGGGGCGCUGGCGGAUUCCUGGGGCUGGGACUCGCCACGCCACCUGGGGAGCGCUACCCUCACCCCCACCCCCCCACCCCGGACUGUAGCCGCGGCUCCCGAUGGUGUGGCCUGGGACACCUAGGGAUUUUCCCUCGGGCUGGGGACCCGACCACCUGGUGGCGUAAGAUGCCCCGCGGCCGUGUCACUGCACCCCUUCCUAGUCCCGGAAAGAAGAUCGUAUUUCCUAGCGUGCUCCAGCCGUCCGCGCUACCCCGGAAUCCCAGGCCGCGGCGGGGAGGGCGAGCGGCCCCACCCCUUCCCUGCGCCCAUUCCCACGUUCCGGGAGGACUGAGCCGAGCUACUGCAGUGCUGUGACAUGAAUGAUGCGGGUUGUAUGCGAACCUCUGGAACUGUCCAGGUGGUCCCGGGCAGUGAAGGGGGUCCCCAGCGCCGGGAGGAGAAGCCCUUCUGAACGACCGGGCUUUUCUGCUCUUGGAGGGAGGGACCGACUUCGCUGCUGUGACUCGGGAGAGACAACGUGUGCAGAAACCGAAGUAGAAACUGCUCUAGCUUUUUCUCUGGGAACGGUUGACGCGAUUGUUAUCUCCAGUGGGAACGUGAAAGAUGUCUCUCCCUCAUCUGUUGUCUUUGAGCAGCAAGGGAUGAUCUUUAUAAGCAUUUUAAAAAUAGAAACAUGGAACCACUCCCGCCUCCACCCCUUUGAAUGAGCUCAUUAAAACCACACCUCAUCUUCUGGGAACUAAGUAUUAGCCUUGUACUUCCUACAGAGAAGACUCCCAAAUACAGCUGCAUUUUAAGGAGCCCGUGAAAUGGCUGCUCCAGAAGGUUCUGAUUGGCUGUUAAUGACUUCUAGGAUGGUAGAAUUCCUCUGGUGGGGUGAAUUGAGAGGAAGUAGUCUAUUAAAAAAAAAUAUUUUUUUUUUCAAGUCGAACAAAGAUUGGAUCUGGUGUCCUGGAAGAGACUGAAGAAAGAGAACGAUGGAAUGGAAAGAAAAAGUUUGCAGACUCCUUGCAUUUUACUUGGUCAGGACUUGGUUACACGGUCUUGCAAAAGCAAUCCUGCUUUUUUAGGAGCUUGCUCGCCAAGUGAGGUUUAAACUUGACAAGAAGAAACCACCUGACCCAACGUGUGCACAACCCAUAGGAGAGUUACCCAAGAAACCAUCAUGAGGUUCAUUACAAAACAGGUCUUUUGAAGCUGUUCGGCAGCCAACAAAAUGCACUUUAAAAUUGAGUUGCAACCUGUUACAGUUUACUUGACGCUUUCUCCACUUACAGGUCAGGACAAUAAUGGGUUUGUAAUCUGCAGUUUGCAAAUCAGAACUCAUUUACUCAUGGAAACAAAAUGAUUAACUAUGGGUAGAUUAGCAGUCAGAGCAUUGACCUUAGGUAACUUCAAUGGGGCUCUCUACUAAUAAACAGAAUAUAGGACACUGCUUUCCAAGGUUUUGCAUAUUCAUAAAGUAUAAUGAUUAGAGAAUACUGGAAUUAACUGGAAUAAGUUGGGGGAUAUCUAUAGAUCACUUGGUGAAAAAUGUGUUUCAUUUUCUUAAAUUAUAAUAACAGUAAAAUACAAAGUAUUUGAAGAUAAUUUGUGAAUUUGAAUAAAGCUUUGAAUAAUA